AACCGGCCGCUGCCCGUUCCGCCCAAUCGGGUGAUCGUGGUGCCGGAUCUGCCGCCGCCGUCGAAGCCGUUGCCGCCGAUCCCGGCGGAAGAGAAGCGCCGCAACUCUGGUCUCUUCAAAGUGGCGCAAAGACCCGAGGAUCUGGACGUUUUGGUGAACCAGUUGACAGAGUUGGGCGCCAACAACGGUAACCAUAACAACGCGGCCAACAAACAGCGGAAACCCAAAACACGACAACAGGAAGCGAAACAAACGCCUCCGCCUCUGCCGCCACCUGUCGUCGACUCGGACGACGACGAAGAGGAGACCGAAGACUCGCGCACGCGCAACGACGGCACUCUUCUGGCGUCGGAUCCGCCGCGACCAUUAGCCGAGAGCCACGCCCCCAACCGACCGCUGCCGCCGCCGCCAGACGUGUCGCCGCCGACCAAACCCCUGCCGCCGAUUCCGCGCGAAGACAGCGACACUUUGGUGCUGCGGAGGGAAGUGCCGCGCGCUCUGCCAGAUCUGUUGUCGCAACACGUGGAGAAGUCGGACGAAGUGUCGAACCUGUUGUUGCAAUACAGACAGAGCUGCGGUCAGACUCCGCCCCUUCUGUCCAACAAACAGCGCUCGUUCCUCACGUUCGGCUUCUCGGCGUCGGGAACGCCGUCGCCGCGGCGCGAGUCGCACGUGAACGUGAAUGUGUCGCCCGCUCUGCACGCGGACACGCCAGAGAUCCGCAAAUACAAGAAGCGCUUCAACUCGGAGAUCCUGUGCGCGGCGUUGUGGGGCGUGAACCUGCUGAUAGGGACGGAGAGCGGACUGAUGCUGCUGGACAGGAGCGGCCAGGGCAAGGUGUACCAGCUCAUCUCGCGGCGCCGCUUCCAACAGAUGGAAGUGCUGGAGGGACAGAACAUCCUGAUCACCAUCUCGGGCAAGAAGGCGCGCGUGCGCGUGUACUACCUCUCCUGGCUCAAGAGCAAGAUCAUCAGAACGGACGGCCAAAUAGAGAAGCGCGCGGGCUGGAUCAACGUGGGCGACCUGCAGGGCGCCAUCCACUUCAAGAUCGUGGUUUGGCUGAUUCCGCAGCACGUGUCCAAAGACUGGGAGAACACGUUUCGCAUCUGGAGCGGAAACGUCAAGUACGAGCGCAUCAAGUUCCUGGUGAUCGCGCUGCGCGACUCGGUCGAGAUCUACGCGUGGGCGCCCAAACCCUACCACAAGUUCAUGGCCUUCAAGUCGUUCUCCGAGUUGGCGCACAAACCCCUGCUCGUCGACAUGACCAUCGAGGAGGGCCUGCGUUUGAAAGUCAUCUACGGCUCGACGCACGGCUUCCACGCCGUGGACCUCGACUACGGCUCCGUCUACGACAUCUACAUCCCGCAACACGUGACAUCACCAGUUGGCCAUUCCCGGCUUAUUCAGCGUCAUGAA